UUGGAUGAACUAGCAAACAUGCACCAAGCUUUUCUCGUCUUCGCACUCGCCGCUACCACCGGAAUUGUCCAUGCUGCCAGUGGCUUCGGCUCAGUUUGCACCAACAUCGUCUUCAGCGACGGUUCCGACGACUUGGCGGCUGAUUGCACGUCUGGCGGCGUCACCCGUCAUUCGGAUGUGAACCUCAAUGGCUGCCUCAUCGUCAACAAUAACAUGAUGAAGUGCCAACACAAUGGAAGCCCACAGUUUUCGAACCAAUGCACCGGCUGCUCCCUUUCUGGAACGACACUCUCUUGCAGCUGCACUGGUCACCCCUCAAGCAUUAAUUUGAAUAACUGCGUUGGUUUGAACUCGGCAGGACUUCUGACUUGUGCAUAA